AUGACAGUACAGGUGAGGAGAUCCUCCGCGGCAUAUAGCAAACCAUCGCCCUAUGCAGCCCGUAUACAAGAAAACGAUCUAGAAAAACAGCCUCAUCGACCUCAAAAUCCCCACAAGCGCAGUGACGAUGACUCGGAUAGUGGCCCUGAAUACUCCUCCACAUCUUACCCGCCUCUCAUGGGCGGGAAUCUCCGUCGCAGUCGCGGGGGAACAACAGGUGUGGGUUAUGGGUACCGAGUGCCUCAGCGGAUCAUGCGAUGGCUCUGUUUCGCUCUCUUUGUCUCGCUGGUGAUUUUCAUCUUGACCCUCUUCCGAUUCACUAUCUCCUCCUCCGUCUCACAGGUCACUGCCGAGCUACCCAAGGUCGUUUCUAAACCACCGCAGUGGGAGAGUUUCCCUUUCCUUACACGUUACCAUGGUGGCUUGAAAAGCCUCGUGUCGCGCGACCAAAAUGUACCCGAAUACCCCGGAGACGGAGCAGAAUUAGUACUUGGGUUACCGACAGAGGACAAUGCGGCCAAGGGUGCGGCCAAGGAUGUGGACAAAGAUGCCAAUCAUCUGGUCUCGCGUGACCCGAAGCCCUCUCUGACUAGCUCCGUCUUCAACCCUUACCCAGACUACAACUCCCCGGAUUAUAUACAAAAGUAUGGCGAGAAGCGCGAAUGCUUCCUCGACGAAGGAAACACGCAGCGCGUCCCGCCAGUCCAAUCCUACCAUGGAGUACCAAAAGGGUUCCCGGACCCCGUGACGGGCUCGAAUGAAAUGCUUGGGAUUCGCAACGAUAUGUGUUUUGACCGCUUUGGUCGCCUUGGUCCGUAUGGAUUGGGAUACGGCGUCAAGAAGGGUGGUAUUGGCGCCGGUAUGGAAGGUCAUCGGGAUGGUGCGGAGAGUGUUUGGGAACAUCUUCCUCCCGUAGAUUACCGCCAGGUCGAAUGGGCGGGCGUUCAAGAGCGCUGUAUCUCUGCAAAUCGUCAUCGCUUCAGUAACGAUUCCCAGCCGCGCCUGAACCGGUUCGUUACAAUGCAGGUGGGUUCUCCCAAGGUUGAAAUUCCCCAGGUCGAGGACAAUCAGCUGCAGCCGAAGCCUCAGCUUGGGGUUGAUCGCCUUCCUAGGACUGCGCUGGUCAUUCGCACAUGGCACGAUUUUAACUACACGCCCGAAGAUAUCAUGUACCUGCGCUCGGUGAUUACAGAGCUUUCCGUGGCAUCUGGCGGUGAAUACACAGUUCAUUUCCUUAUCCAUGUCAAGAACAAUGACCUUCAAAUCUGGUCAGAUGACGAGACUUAUGAGAGUGUUCUAAACGAUGCCCUGCCAGCGGAGUUCCGUGGAAUGGGAACUCUCUGGUCGGAGGCGCAGAUGUGUUUGAUGUACCCUGGGCUGGAGGAGACUUUCGCCCGAGGAUUGCCCAUUCACGGUGUUUACCGUAGUACCUAUAUGCCUCUUCAGUACUUCGCCUAUCAGCACCCGGAGUACGAUUUCUUUUGGAAUUGGGAAAUGGAUGCGCGCUAUACUGGUCACUGGUACCAUCUAUUCGAUAAGGUGGGCGACUGGGCCAAAAAGCAGCCCCGAAAAGGUCUCUGGGAGCGCAACGCUCGCUUCUAUGUUCCGUCGGUGCACGGGACUUGGGACGACUUCAGGCAAAUGGUUCGGGUGCAGACUGAGAUUGGGACCAACAGUCCGAACAAUUUGUUCAGUGGUGUGAAGCCCAAAGGGGCACCAGAGAGCGGCGAGCGGACUAACGGGAUCCACCAACAGGGUGACAAGUUUAUAUGGGGUCCUGAUCGUCCUGCCGAGCCGGAUAUUUUCGAGGUUGAAGGCGAAGGUAUCCCUCCAACGACUAUGGAUAAAGACCAGUACACGUGGGGUGUAGGCGAGGACGCGGACUUGGUCGUUUUUAACCCUCUAUACGACCCAGAGGGCACCACCUGGCUGCUCCGCGACGACGUCACUGGAUACAACAAGGAUAAAGACAUGCCGCCACGACGAACUGCGAUCAUCACAGCUUCGCGGCUCUCACGCAAGCUCCUCACUACCAUGCACCGCGAGACGGCCCUACGCCAUCACAGCAUGUUUUCCGAGAUGUGGCCGGCAACCACCGCGCUUCACCACGGCUUCAAGGCCGUCUAUGCGCCGCACGCCGUCUACGUUGACCGCCGUUGGCCGACCAAAUAUUUCGAGUCUGUCUUCAAUGCCGGCCGUAACGGGGCUUCCGGUGGAGCUCGCACCUCCGUAUUCGGAGACCGUGAGCACAAUUUUAAAGGAACGACCUGGUUUUACUCUGCUGGCUUUUCUCCUAACAUCUGGCGCCGCUGGCUCGGGCUUCGUGUGGAUAAUGACGGGGGCGAACAGGAAGAAUUGGCCGGCGAGGGCCGUAUGUGUCUGCCUCCUAUGCUCCUUCAUCCAGUCAAGGAUAUAAGGAUGGUUAUUGAUGAUGGGGAACAUGCAGAAGAUCGGUGA